UUCACUUAACAGAACGGCGUGUAUCGGCUGGACUAGGGGAGGGCCCACGGGCGGGGUGACGCGCCCUGCCCACUCAGUAUCUUACAUUUGUGUGGCAGACUGGCAGUCUGUGUCUAGCUGCUGUAGUGGGAGAUAGACAGCCAGUCGGCGGAGCCGUGGAAGUAUCCAUCAGCCAGAGCCCAGGUAGCCGCUGGGAGAAGGAAGGGUGUCCGCAUCUGCCGCACCGCACAGCCGCCCACACCAAUCCAUGUCAAAGAAGCUGUCUAAAGACCGGGACUUCAACAGGCUAGGAGAGCAGACGACAGACAGACGGACAGAACAGACUUUCUGACUGGUGGGAGCAUGGCGUCCAUACCGGAAUACUACGCUGGAAAGAACGUGCUGAUCACAGGAGCCACGGGCUUCAUGGGCAAAGUGCUGGUGGAGAAGCUGCUGAGGUCCUGCCCUGAGGUUAAAGCACUCUACCUCCUGGUCAGACCCAAAGCCGGGCAGUCCAUGCAGCAGAGGGUCAGCGACAUGAUGGUGUGCAGGCUUUUUGACCGAGUGCGUGAGGAUAACCCAGACUUUCACCAGAAGAUCAUCCCCAUCAGCAGCGAGCUGAUGCAGCCGGGCCUGGCCAUCAGCCCAGAGGAUGUUGAGAAGCUCUCUGCCUGCAUAAACGUCAUCUUCCACUGCGCUGCCACCAUCCGCUUCGACGAGCCACUUAAACAUGCCCUGCAGCUCAAUGUGAUCGCCACACAGCAGCUCCUCGGCCUGGCCCAGCAGAUGAACCACCUCGAGGCCUUCAUUCAUGUCUCCACUGCUUAUGCAAACUGCAACCGCAAGCACAUUGACGAGGUCAUCUACCCGCCACCUGUCGAGCCCAAGAAGCUCAUCGAGUCUCUGGAGUGGAUGGAUGAUGGCAUUGUGCGCGACAUCACGGCACGGCUCAUCGGCGACCGGCCAAACACAUACACCUACACCAAAGCCCUGGCUGAGUAUGUGGUGCAGCAGGAGCAAGACAAGCUUAACAUCGCCAUCAUCAGACCCUCCAUAGUGGGAGCCAGCUGGCAGGAGCCUUUCCCAGGUUGGAUUGACAACUUCAACGGGCCAAGUGGAAUCUUUAUAGCUGCUGGAAAGGGGAUCUUGCGCACUAUGAGAGCCAACAAUGACGCGGUGGCUGACCUGAUCCCUGUAGACGUAGUCAUCAACCUCACACUGGCUGCUGGCUGGUACACCGCUAAACACAGACCAAAACCAGCUUUGGUGUACAACUGCACGACCGGCGGCAUCAACCCGUUUCACUGGGGCGAGAUCGAGCACCAUGUGAUGUUGUCCUGGAAGAGGAACCCGCUGGAACAGGCUUUCCGCCGGCCCAACACCAACAUCACUUCCAACUACCUGAUCAACCAGUACUGGAUCCUUGUCAGCCACAAGUUCCCUGCCCUUAUCUAUGACUUCUUCCUGCGACUCUCUGGACAAAAGCCGCAGAUGAUGCGCAUCUUCAAUCGUCUGCAUAAGGCAAUCGGCCUGCUGGAGUAUUUCAGCAGCCGGGACUGGGAGUGGAACUCUGAGAACAUGAGCAUGCUGAUGAGCCAGCUAACCCCAGAGGACAGGAAGACAUUUAACUUUGAUGUGCGCCAGUUGAACUGGCCCGAGUACAUCGAGAAUUACUGCAUCGGCACCAAGAAGUAUGUCCUGAAUGAAGACAUGUCUGACAUUCCUGCUGCCAGGCAGCAUCUGAGGAAACUGAGGAACAUCCGCUACACCUUCAACACACUGUUGGUUGUUUUCAUCUGGAGGGUGUUUAUUGCCCGCUCCCAGAUGGCCAGAAACAUCUGGUACUUUGUGGUCAGCCUCUGUUUCAAGUUCCUCUCCUACUUCCGUGCAUCAAGUACCAUAACCAACUAAGUCUUCCUCACCGCCUCAAACCAGAUACAGCAGCUCUCUGCCUUUAGCUGUCGGCAGGAUAUAACAUCUGAGACUCUGACCCUCCACAAUAGACACUCUCUAAAUCCUUCUGUUAGCGUGGAUUAGCUGGAGGCUCUCUACAGGUGGGAGGCUGCAGUUGUGUGAAGCACUCAGAAUGGAGAAAAGAGGUCUUCUAGCCAUGAGUUUUUUGUUUAGUUCAGAAAUCAGUACCUGCACUAUUCAGUCACCUGACCAGUCCAAAAAAUGUCAUUCAUGUUGUAUCUACAAUUUCCUUCUCAAAGUGGCCAAUUAUAUAUGCAACAAUAAGCCUUUUGUGUGACUUUGUUUUCAUACUUGAAAUAUGGCAGUGCGUCACUGGCGGCGAUUUCUAAAAGUUUAUUUGAGAUCUGUUUUUUACUGUGGGAUGUCCAAAGUCUCUCUUUACUUGUUUACUUGUCUUUGUCUUGCAUUGUGUGUAUCUAUUGCCUUUUUAAGAUUACACCCCAAAAACUAACUGGUGGUUGCCUGUCUUAAGGUCAUUCCACAGAUUGAGACUUGUAUUUAAGCUAAAUUCUGACUACACAAAACCGUAGCACUAAUUGUAUCAAAACCUACAGAUCUGCCAUCUUUGCUGCUGUUGAGGUUGUCACUUAUUUACUACAACAAACAAUAAUGUCAGUAUGUGUCUGAACAUAAACCUUGUUUGUUUGAAUGCUCACCCACUUUUUGCUAGUUUGUACAACAGUUUGUACUGAAACUAAGUUUACUACUUUUACAAAUUUAUACUUGCGUCAAAGGCUGAUGUGGUUGACCUUGGCAGUGUAUUAUAUAUAUAAAUAAGAGUAGAUCAGAGUCUAGUUUAUUUGUAUAGCCCAGUAUCACAUUGUACAAUAUCUCCCAACAGCCCCCCAACCAAGCCCAAGUUUUAUAAGAAUGUCCCCAGAACCUCAAGGCAUUUCAAAGAGGAACCCCCCCCCCCCCCCUUCCCUCUCCUCUCAGUGAAAUUGGAGCCACAGGUGGAAAAGUUACAAAUUGUAACAUCAAGUUAUAGUUGGACAUGCCAAGAACAAUUGGAUUCUACAAGGUCCAGCGCUAAUGCAGUAAAUCCCAAAUGAAGACUGGGUCCAUCCGAUCAGUGGUUCACAGGUGCAAGAAGGUUGGAGAUUGGGGGACCAAGCUUAAAGCAGGCAGUUUAGUGGAGUAGGGAGACGAGUCACUUGAAAGAUGGAGGAUUAGAUGGAGUGUGUUGUAGUAGCCUUCAAUUUGAGUCACAGUGGCAAUCAACAGUUUCUCUGAAACAUAAUAACCUGGAGAUGAAAAACCCAAUAGGUUGUAUCUGAGUGUCGUUUUUGAACAACCUUGGGACUCCUUAAGCUACCUGGAUGAAAAUAUUCCAUAGACUUCAUGAAAAAGUGUUGAAACCCAAAUUGUAACUUUAUUUCCUUCAUCCCAACGAAGAGCCUUCAGUCACCUAGGUAACUGUCUCAGGAAACCUUGGCAACUUGGAAAAAACACUUAAAAAUGUUUCUUGUCCUGCAGCAAACAAAAUGUUUUCAUCCAUGUGGCUAAAAGAAUAUUUGAGGUUUCUAGAAAAGUCUUCAGAACAGCAAUAUGUUGAACAACCUGUUUUCCAAACCUCAGUCUGUUUUAUAAGAGAAAAGGAUUUUUUUUUUUUUUUUAAAGGUUAUAGGACAGCUGAAGACAUGAAAGGGGGGGAUAGAGGGGGAUUGACAUGCAGCAAAGGGACUCAGGUCGGAGUUGGCUAUGCGGCCGCUGUGUCAAAGAGUAAACCUCUAUAUAUGGGCGCCUGCUCUACCAGGUGAGCUAACUAUGCGCCUGUGAUUUGAAUGUAAUGCUAAUAUAUGAGGCACAAACUGAGGAAAACCAGCACUUCCAAAGCAACUGCAUCAGGCUAGCAAGGAGAAUGUAUAUGCCAUGUGACGAUGAAGGCAAUACUGACUGAAUAAUUUUCUUAGUUCAUGAGGCAGGCCUCUGGAUACUGAGGUCAUGUUUUUAAAAAAAAUACAUAAAAUAAAAUAACUAAGAAAGAACAUACAUUUAUGCUAAGGAACACCAUGAAUUAGCAAGGCUGUGUUGAAAGCUGUAGUUUUUUCAAUCUCCAACAG